AUGGCCUCACCCGCGCGCCCCGCUGCCGCCUCCGUCUCCGUCUCCGGCGCCUUCGGCCUGCCCCCGGACGUGCGCUGCUCCUACGACCAGCCCCGCCGCCGCGAGGACGAGAGGCUGGUGCGGACGUUCGUGGCCGCCUACGGGCAUCCGCCGCAGCAGCAGCAGAACGGCGGCUUCUACCCCAAGGACGCCGUGAUGGCGGCCGUGGAGGAGGGCAUGCGGAAGCAGGCCGACUCGCUGCUGCACUCGCUCGACGGCAUCGGGGGCAGGCUCUCGCAGCUCGAGGUCUACUGCUACAAGCUCGAGAGGUCCAUCGGGGAGCUGCGCAGCGACGUCAUGGACUACCACGGCGAGAGCACCGCCAACUUCAGAUGCAUCGACAAGAACCUCAGACAGGUCCACAAAUCCUUGCAGGUUCUCCAGGAUAGGCAGGACUUAGCUGAAACUCCAAAAGAACUCAGCAAACUUCAACUAGCACAUGAUGCGCCCUCUCAGAAGGGUGAGGCCACUGGUUUUUCCAUGCUCGCGCCAAGGGAAAAUGACCACAGCAGCACACAGGCUCCAAAACACGAGGUCGCACUUUUGCCGCUUCACCAAGUUAACGGGAUGCAGUCCCCUGCUGCCCUGCACGUCCAAACCAGCAACGGGUUUGUUCUGCAGCACCUGGUGCCUGUCACUUUGAGCACGCAGCAUGAUCAGCAGCAGUUGAACCAGGCUCCUGUGUACUAUGUGCAAAGCCCGGAUCAUGCUAAAUCCACCGAGAGCAAGGCGGUGGAACUUUUGGUUCAAGUUGUGCAGCCACUUGUUCACAACCCUGAAGCCAUGGUUCAAGUUGAGCUACCUCAGAAAUCUAGUCAAGCAACUGAAUUGUACCCUCAGCCUCAGAGUCACAGACUACAGAUGCCUACCCAGCAGGUUGAUUCGCAUACAUGGCAUCCCCAACAGCCCAUGGUGCAACAGCAGCAAUACAUUAUUCAGCAAGUUUCACGACAUAUGGCUCAACAACAGUCCUCAUCUCCUCCAUUCAGUUCCCCAAAGCCUGCCAGUUCUAACACUGAGCCAAUUACAAGAAGUGUGGCUGGGCAGACUCCAUACUCUUCAUCGCAGCAGCAGCAGCAGCAGCAUGAAGUUGCCCAUUCAUUUUAUGGCCAAGGCAAUACAGUAUUGCUUCCUGUAGCAGAUCAUAAUGCUCAGCAUCAGCAACCACAAUCAGUGGUGCAGCUACAGAGCCAGGGCCCCUGUCCACCUCAACCAAGCAAGCCCAGUCACUGCAGUGUUGCAUCCUUUGCUGUUCAAGGAAAUGGCCAGACCUACAGCUCCACAUACAAGAACCCUUCUAACUGCCCUGCAACUGUUGUAGCUCUUCUGCCUCAGCCUCCAGCUACUGCUUCUAUGGCGUAUCAUCCCUUGGGACCACAGGUCGUGCACAAUCAUCCAUUUAGAAAUAUGGUUGAAACGGCUAGUGUGGUAGGGUAUCCACGGGAUCAAAUUGAGAUACUCCCAGUGGUGACUGCAGCCCAACCUGUAAUGGUUGAUAAGCUUAAUGCUGGCAGCAAUGUAACAUCCCCUCGUGAGUGGUCAGCAUAG